CAAUGUACAGCGCCGAAGCAGACGACUAAUAUUCCUGAGCAGUAAGUGGAAUAAUUAGGGACUGUUUGCGUUUAUCGAUGAAUCACAUCUCGCUGCUGGUUCUUGGUACCCUUCUCUUGACCAAAGGAUACCAGGGUGAGAAAGGAGCCUUCGAGCAGAUUCUGGAAGUAAAUCUUGGAAUAAAAAAUAAUCCAGAGAGCCAAGGAGAGCGCCAAUCUGAUUCACUGCAUCUCUAUGAAGGAGAUAUCAAGCUUUCAGAGGAGCAGCGACUAAACAACGCUUUGCAUGGAAACCCAGAUGGAUCUCCAGGACGCGCCGCAACCAAUGUGGACAAGAUAAAGUGGCCCAAUGGUGUUAUUCCUUACGAGUUUGAUUGUAGUGUAGCCAACAUGGAUCGCGCGGUACGAACCACAAUGGAAGCUAUUGCUGAGUGGGAGAGCAAAACAUGCCUAAGAUUCGUUAAGAGGACGACUGAGACAGAGUUUCUUUGGUUCCAUCGUGGAAAUGGUUGUUGGUGCGAGGUUGGAAAAGUGUCUGGUCGAAAAACUUGGCUGUCCAUCGGAAACGGCUGUGAAUACAAGCACGUGAUGACUCACGAGAUUGGUCACGCUAUUGGUUUUUGGCACGAACAGAGCAGACCUGAUCGGGACAACUAUUUGAAGAUCAACUGGGAAAACAUUCUGGACAGUAUGGCGUACAACUUCAAGAAGAAAGUUCAAGGAUCAGAGGUAAUCGACUACGGGGUCCCGUAUGAUUACUCAUCUAUAAUGCAUUACCCAUGGACGGCUUUCUCCAAAAAUGGAAAAAUGACUCUGGAGCCAAUCAGACCACUCAAUGGGAAGACCCCGUAUAUCAAACUCAGUGACGAUGACGCAUUACAGGCGCGCAGGAUGUACAAAUGUCCCAGUCGAGUUAAAAGAAACACAAUCGCAAAUGCUGCUCCAGAGAGGUGCCUUGACAGGGCCCCAAAAGCCGACUGCGAGAGCUGGAAAAAUGCCGGCUUCUGCAAACAGCAUUCCUCCCUGAUUUACCAUUGCAAAAAAAGUUGUGAAUUUUGCUCAUCUAAUAGUUGUAUUGACUUAAAAUACGAGUGCAAAAAAUGGGCUUCUGACGGAAAAUGUUCCUCCGACAAAGAUUACAUGGACAAGCACUGUCCUCACACGUGUAACACGUGCAAAAAGUGCACUGACCCAUCGCCCAAGAUUUGUAUUGACAGAGCUCUAUCAGCGAAUUGCGCCAGUUGGAAGCGGUCUGGUUUCUGUGCGAAUCCCCAACAUUCAAGUUUGAUCUAUCACUGCAAAAAGACUUGUGAUUUUUGCUCAUCAGAUAACUGCGUCGAUCUGAAAUUUGACUGUAAGGUUCGUGCAGAAAAUGAUGAAUGCAGUUCUGAUCCAGUCAAGAUGGAAAUGGAAUGUCCUCACACGUGCGGCUACUGUAAUGAGUGCACAAAGCCAAAUCCGACUAAUUCACCGAAACCGACCAAGCCACCAAACCCAACUAAUCCACCAAUCACAGGGAUACCAACCGUUCCACCUACUUUGCCGAACAGGACGGGAUCAGGCUUCAUGUGUGUUGAUAAACGUAAAAGCUGUCCAUCGUGGGCUGCCAGUGGUGAAUGCAAAACGAAUGGAUGGACUGAAAGUACUUGCCGCAUUAGUUGCAAAACAAGAUGUGAUACGUACCCAAUCAAGCCUAAAGGUGCUUGCUCAGAAGGUCUCGGUCUAGGAUGGCCAGGAAGCUACAAACUUCCAGACAGUGCUUUUAGUGCUUCAACAGAGUACAGACCAGGUGAUUGGAGAGCCACAGCAGACAAUGCUCGUCUUUACUUUGAGGAUGACCAAGACAACAAAAGGAUCGGAGCUUGGUGCGCUGAGGUUCGCGACAACCAGUGGCUACAGAUUGAUCUUGGCCAAACCAAGACAGUUAGGGGAAUAGCCACACAAGGUCGCGAUGUUUUCCAUGAGCACGUCAAAGAAUACAAACUGGCUUUCAGUAAUGACGGAUCAAACUUCCAGAUUUACCAGGAAAAUGGAAAGGAAAAGACUUUUGCGGGAAACUGUGAUCAUUUCACACCUGCGUUGAAUACAUUCAAUCCUGUUAAGGCCCGAUAUAUCAAGAUCAUCGUUGUCGACUCGAGCUAUCCCUGCAUGAGGGUAGAGUUGUAUGGGUGCGAUGCCUAAAGGGUCUUGAAACGCUUCUUCUGAGGAACCGGCCUUUCCACAGAACUAAGUAUAAUAUAAAGUUUGCAAGAUGCUUGGACAGAGAUUGAAUAAAAA